AGGGAAGGGGGAGGAGAGGGGAGCGGAUUAGCACAGCGUCGGUGCCCGGCGUCGCUUUUAGACGACAACAAACACAAGAGUGAUUGAGGUGAAAACGCGCACAUUUGCACCUGCGUGUCGUCCCAGACCAGCGUCUGCGUCUUUCCGAAGCUUCUUGUUUUUUAUCUUCUCUCCAUCCUCUCCCCGGCGUCCAAGCAUGUCUCUGUCCGGCUCACAGACACCAGAGGAAGGACUCUACGGCUCCUGGGUCGAGCUGGAGGAACUGAUCGCGGCCGCGAGCCGCAGGGAGAGUCUGACGGGGCCGCAGGACAGCAGCAUCUCCUCGGCCCUGCAGGGGGAGCUGGAGAGGAUCCUCCUGGAGGCGCAGCUGGAGUGCGAGAGGAGUAAAGACAGUCCCCCACAAGUGACGACCCCACAGUCCACUGGUUCGCCAAGACCCAGCAGUGAGCAGGACAGUGACUGUGUGACCAUACAGGAGGACAGCGAGCGGAGAGCGGACACUGACUGGGUGUGGGAUUGGUCCAGUAGGCCCGAAAAUAUGCCACCAAAAGAGUUUGUGUUUCAGCACCCGAAGCAGCAGGUCUCGCUCAGCGUUAGGAAGACAGAAGUGAUGAAGAGAGGGAUCUUCUCCUCUGAUGUCCUCCUCAUUCUCGUUCCCUCGCUGCUUGCGUCACACCUGCUCACGCUCGGAGUCGGGAUCUACAUAGGAAAGCGACUGGCCGCUUCCACAACCAGCACGCUGUGACGUCAGCUGUAGGACAGCGCCCCCCAUCCCAGCCCGCCGCCCGCCCCCUCCCGCCCUCUCACUCGCUGACCUAGUAAGGUCACAGUCCGCCCUCUCCACCGCACUAACUUGCCUCCUUCCUUCGUCAUGUGGCAAACGUAGGACCCUGCCCGGCCCUUACCUGUGUCUCUCCGUCCGUCUGUCUACCCAGCAGUACUCUGUCUCUGUCUCCCCCCGUUGUCAGUCCGUGCAUGUCGUAGGGCCCAGGCAGCGGAUGAAUGCCGACCAGUGAGUCAGACUGAGGUCACGUUUACUCUCCCGCAGAGCGGCAGUGAUCUCAGCCAUCGGAGAGGAGAGAUUGCCCAGAUACAAGAGAAAGGACAGAAAGAGAGUUUUAUCCAGUGAGAACAAUAAAUCCCCUUGAUAGGGACGAGAUGAAAAUGGCUUGUUGGGAACAGUGGGUUCCAGCAAAAUGAGAAAGAUAAUACGCGCGAGCCAUUGUCCCAACCUUUUGAAAAAAAAAAAAAAAAAAAAAAAGCAAAAUGGCCGUCAUUUGUCAGAAGUAAUGACCCUCUGUGAGACUGAGCUGCUAAAAGUGAUUCUCGGGUUUUUUUUUUUGUCUUCCCCCGAUGGUGAUUCUAUUGUAGGGAGUUUUAGUUGGCUGAGUGAACAUAGGAGUGGCUCUGGUUGUGCUUUUUGUCCCGUAAACCAAUUAAAUAUUUGACCUCCGACGAAGACAAUCACGACCCCAUUAAACUUCACUCCUCAAAAACCUC